CGUCAGUGACUCGGACGGUUCUGGGGUGUUCUGGGGAAAUCAAAACAGAGAUCUUGAACUUUCCUGAAUUUGAGGAAUAUUUCACAGCCGCAGGGCUAUAUAGUGUUGAACUUCCAACUCAAGUAAGUCACAUCUAGUACAACGACCAAGUACAUUCCCAAGUAUGGGUGCCGACUACUACAAGACCUUGGGUAUUUCUCGGGAUGCCGGGGAGGAUGAAAUCAAGAAGGCAUACAAGAAAAUGGCUCUGAAAUGGCAUCCAGACCGCAAUGGAGGGUCUGAAGAAUCCUCAAAGAAAUUUAAGGAGGUUUCAGAAGCAUUUGAAGUCCUCAGUGACAAGAACAAGCGAACCAUAUACGACCAAGUUGGUGAAGAGGGUCUCAAAGGUGGAGGAGGGUCUGCCCCUGGCGCUGGAUUCCCUGGCUUUGCGGGUAGUUCAGGAGGCUUCCCAGGGGGGGCCACAUUUACAUUCGCAUCUAGCCCCGGGGGAAGUGGGUUUGCGCCAAGUGACCCGCAAAAAAUAUUCGAACAAAUAUUCAGCCAAUUUGGCGGAGGUUUCGGAGGCAUGAGUGGCUCUGGAGGUAUGGGUGGUACUCCAAUGUUCGGUGGCAUGGGCGGUCCUUCAGGUUUUGGUGGCACAAGCGGUGGCAGGAGUGGUACGAGUGGCAUGGGCAGAAGUCCAAACAUUUUUGAUGACGACGAUAUAGGUGGUGGCGGGUCUUUCUUUGGAAUGCCGGGGAGCAUGCCAUCGGAGCGACCAUCUCCUAGACAUCAAUCAUCGACGUCGACGUCAACCUCGGCCCCAGCCCCUUCAGAAACUACUCGCCCACUGAAGCUCUCACUUGAAGAACUAUUUACAGGCACGACCAAACACCUGAAGGUCGGCAGACGAUUAUUGGGGGGCUCUACGGAGGAAAAGGUGCUUGAAAUCCAGGUUCUCCCGGGCUGGAAGAGCGGCACAAAGAUACGUUUCCCUCGCGCCGGCAAUGAGCAGCCGAACGGCGAGGCACAAGAUCUAGUAUUCGUGGUGGAGGAGAAACCCCACGAUGUUUUCACACGGGAAGGAGAUGAUCUGAUUUGCCGUCUCAGGAUACCCUUGGUGGAGGCACUCACAGGCGUAGAUGGAAAGAAGACCAUCGUGGCUCUGGACGGCCGAAAAUUGCAAAUCUCGUUGCCUGGUGGCGUGGUGAAGCCUAAUCAGGAGACAAGAAUUCCCAACGAAGGGAUGCCGAUUAGAAAGCAGGGCAGCAUGAAGAAGAAAGGAGACCUCAUAGUACGAUGUGAUGUCGUAUUCCCAGACCGUCUUACGCCCUCACAGAAAGAGGGGCUGAAGAAGUUGUUGGGGUAAUCAUUUAUUAGGACUCGUCAUCUACUUCCACUCGUUAGAUUAGCAUAUCAACUGUACUUUUUAAUUCAUUUCACGAUGAGAUA